AUGUUUAUUACAGGUUUAUUAGUGUUAGUGUUGACGAUAAUAAUUUGUAUAUUAAUACGAUAUUCGUCUAAAACGAAAACAUUUCCUGGUCCAAAACAUAUUAUUUCAUUACCAAAUUAUUUCUUCAAUACAAUACUUAAAAUAUCAAAUGAAAAAUUACGAAAAGUUUUUCUAAAUAUUUUCUUUCCUGAAUCAGCUCGAUUUGUUGAAUUAACAGUUCCAUUAGCUGCUCAAUAUUAUACAUCAAAAUAUGGUGAUAUAACUCAAAUAAAUUUAUUUAAUCAACCAACAAUAAUAAUAUCAAAUGCAGAUUUUGCUGAUCAUAUUUUAAGACGAAAUGGAAAAAAUUAUACAUUAAGAUUUGGUAAUGAAUUAGGUUUACAAUAUUUAGGCAUGGAAAAUAAAGGUAUUAUAUGGAAUAGAAAUGUUCAACGAUGGAAAUAUCAACGUUUAAAUUUUUUUCAAAAAGCUUUAAAUAGUAAAAUAUUAGAUGAUGCGAAAUAUAUUUCAACUGAUGCUGUUGAUUAUAUAUUAAAAUUUCUUGAUAAAUUUCAAAUUCAAUCAAAUAUAAUUGAUACAAUGGAUCUUUUACGUGCAAUGACAUUUACAAUAACAUGUCAUUUAUUUCUUGAUUUACCUGUUGGAACAAUUUCAAUUGAAAAAACAAAAUAUUAUGUUAAUUCAAUUGUUCAAUAUUUUAAAGCUUGGGAAUAUUUUUUAUUAAAACCAACUGAAUUUUAUAAAGAAAAUUUAACAAUUAAACAUAAACAAUCCAUUCAAAAAUUAAACGAAGUUGUUGAAGAAUUAAUUUCUAUACGUGAACAAAAUAAUAAUUGUUUAUUUAUAAAUUCAUUAUUUAAUGCUCUUCAAAAUAAUCAAAUAACAAAAGAAGAAAUGAAUCAAUGUAUUUUAGAAAUGUUAAUUGCUGGUACAGAUACAUCAUCUGUUACAAUGUUUUAUUUUCUUCUUGCAUUAUGUGAUAGAAAUGAAUUAGAAGAAAAUUUAAUAAAUGAAUUAAAACAAAAUUCUUAUACAAUUUUAACAAAUGGUUUAAAAGAAUCAAUGCGUUAUAAACCAGUUGGUCCUGUUAUUAUGAGAUGUGCUAUUAAGAAUGAUAUUUAUAAUAAUAUUCCUAUUCAACAAGGUACAAACAUAAUUAUUAAUUUAGUUGAUAUGCAUAGAAAAAAUGAAGAUUUUAUUUCACCAAAUGAAUUUAAUUUAAAUAAUGUUCAAGAUAAAGAUUUAUCAAAUACAAAUAAUGAAAAAAAUCCUUUUCUUCCAUUUGGUAUUGGACCAAAAGAAUGUGUUGGAAGGUGGUUAGCUAAAGUUGAAAUGGAAAUAAUUAUUGAAAAAUUAAUUUUAAAUUAUUCAUUUAAACGUGCUAAUGGAACAAAAACAUUAGAAGAAUUACAAACAAGAUGGGAUAUUGCACAACAACCAACUCAUCCGGGAUAUAUGUUUAUUAAAAAAAGAUUCGAAUAA